CCCUUGUCUGUGUUGAUCGUCACUGUACGCGUUCAUCAUAUUAUUAUUUUGGCUUAUCAAUGCUCCACACCUUCAACCUCAACACCAUCAACCUUUUGUGUUAACUAGCACACCUCUAUACAAUCGCAGCAAUGUGGCUAAGGCCUAUUGCCCUGCUGGCAGUCUGUAUAAGCAUUACUCUAUUUGGACCAUGUUACUGCUCAGCAACAUCGCCAAAUCGAUUCCAUUUUACAAACAAUUUGCCGUCACUAUCACCGUUUUUAUCAGCCACGACUUCAUUCUUAUCAACGUUGUUCACACCUCCUCCCAAAAACACCAAACGUCUACAGUUACGCAAUGUAUAUCAUCAGGGCACCCAUUCAUAUCGAGGUCUUUCAGCGAGAAUCGAUCUCACACCCGAUGAAAGCGCACAUGCAAGCGAACUUGUCGAAGGCAAGAUUCGCACCCGUCGUAUAAAGACAUGGAAACCAAAAGACAUUACACCAUACAUUCAAGCACAUAAUGCGGGAGAUGCUUUUGGUGUACAAAAGACAAGCAAAGCGAUGGAUUGGGAUGAAAUCGAAGUGGAUGCGCCAGAUGUUGAAGAUCGUGAAACGUUGCUUACUUUGGCCAAAAUGGCAAGUAAGGCAUACGAUGUUCCUAAAAAUGGAUCGGAUAAAGAUUGGAUUGUGGAUGGAAUGGGAAAAUGGAACCUUUCGGAAUCCUUUGGUUGGGUUGAAGAUGGUAUUCGUGGUCAUAUCUUUGCCACUGAAGAUAAUUCAACAAUCGUCGUUGCUUUGAAAGGAACGAGUGCUGCUCUUUUGGAUGAUGGAGCAACCUCCAAACGUGAUAAGGAGAAUGACAACUUGUUUUUCUCUUGCUGUUGUGCACAUGUAGGAUGGACGUGGCGUACAGUCUGUGAUUGUUUCAACGAUGGAUUAGCACAACAAACCUGUUCAUCAUCUUGUUUGACAAAAGCAUUGAUCAACAAAUCAUUCUUUUAUCCUGCAACGACGGAUUUGUUCAACAAUAUCUCUUACGCUUAUCCCGACUCGCAAAUUUGGAUCACAGGACAUUCUCUCGGAGGAGCAUUAGGCGCUCUGAUCGGAAUGACGUUUGGUUAUCCAACGGUAGCGUUUGAAGCGCCAGCUGAACGAAUGGCAGCAAUGCGUUUGCAUGUUCCUCUUCCGGUCAAAAAAGGUCGAUUAGAUGCUUUACCCAUCACGCACGUAUACAAUACCGCAGAUGCGAUCGCGAUGGGUGAUUGUGUUGGUUCAACUUCGCUUUGUGCAAUCUCAGGGUUUGCAAUGGAAACACGCUGUCAUACCGGUAAGACGAUCUUGUAUGAUACUGUUGGAAAGUUAGGUUGGGGUCAAGGUAUAAAUGCACAUCGGAUUAAUAUUGUGAUAGAAGAUGUGUUGGAUGAGGAUUGGGAUAAAAAGGUAGCAAAAGCAAGUGCAAAAGCUGCUACGAAUACCCAAACAAAAUUCAAAUCCAACAAGUGGCAUCUACCAUGGCACAGGAACGACGGAGAAGACGUUGGAAGUAAGCCGGAGAAGCUCGGCUCUGUCCCUCGAUUGCGCGAUGAAAAUGAUUGCGUGGAUUGUGCGGAUUGGAAGUUUACCAAGGAUUGAUUGUUUUACGAAGAUUUACUGUAUAUUAUUAUUAUUUUUUCUUACUCUCUUGACACUGCAUGCUAUAAUAUUCAUUUCGCUUUCAUUACCCUUCGAAACAAAGAGACAAAAACUUUGACUGAUACACCGAGAA